UCUCUAAAUAUGAUAAUGAACAAUAAAAUAAAAUAUAAUUGGUUUCAAACAGAAGAGUUAAUAGUUAUUGACCUUUUAUUAAAAAAUAUGAAUUCAGAUAAUGUAAACAUUAUAAUAAAUCCUGAUCAAGUUACAGUUAUUUAUGAAUUUAAAGAGGAACUUAAAAUUAUUUUACAGUCAUUAAUAGAUGUAUUAAACUCCUCCUGGAAGAUAUAUCCUACAAAAAUUGAAAUUAAAUUAAAAAAGUCUGAAGAAUCACAUUGGUCAAAAUUAGAGAAAGAGAAUAUAUCAGAUAUUACUUCAAUAACUCAUAAUUAUCCAUCUUCUACUACCAGAGGUCCUAAAAAUUGGGAUAAAAUUGAAAAAGAAAUUGAAAAGGAGGAACAAGAUGCUAAAUUGGAAGGCGAGGGAGCAAUUACUCAAUUAUUUCAACAGAUUUACGCUGACGGUUCGGACGAAGUCAAGAGAGCCAUGAACAAAUCAUUUAUUGAAUCCGGUUGCACUGUCCUCAGUACCAAUUGGAAAGACGUAGCCGAACAAAAAGUGAAGGUCAAGCCACCCCAAGGAAUGGAAUGGAAAUCUUAUUCAUGAUGACUUUAUUUUCUUCAAAAUAUUUGAAAUUCCCUAUAAAAAAUGGAAAUUUAUCAAAUAUAUAUUUUUUUAAAGAAUAAUUUCGCGAAAGCAUAUCAAACUAUAUUUUUAAAAGUUUCCGUGUAGUGAUCCCUCUCUAAGCAUCAUUAUUUAGUGGCCAACUUUUGAUGUAUUAUUAAACUUUUCUUGCAAGAUAAAUUGAAAUUAAAAGGUACGAUUUUGCUCUAUUUUUAUUAUUUGCCAACAUUAUAAAAUGAUAAAAUUAUUCAUAACAGAUUUAAAGUUUAAUUUUUUAAAAAAUUUAUGCCUGUUUGGACAAAAUCUUGAAAAACAUAGAAUUGCAAAAUAAAUAUUAUAUAUUAGAAGCGUAUUUUGGCGAGAUUAUUAUUUUUUUAAUUAAAGAUAAACACCAAUUUUCAAAGCAAUAAAUAUUAUUUAAGCCUAUGAGAUUGAUUUAUUACCAUAAUAAGGUACAAAAAUAUCCCGUGUCUAUGAAAGAGUAAUUCGUUUUUAAAUCUUUAGAGUUAUAAAUAAAUAUAUUGUUAUGUUUAUUAUAUAUAUUUUUUAAUUAUUACCUCAUCCCAUACCACCAUUAACAAGAAUUUUUAAAGAAAUUGUUUCCAUGUAUUAUAUUUCCAAAAUAUUCAAUUGGUGGAAUUUUUUACUUUAUUUUUUCAUUUAAUAUUAGUCUUUUUUAAUUAUUACAAUUAUAUCUAAAUAAAUAUGUUGGAGAAGGUUUUUAGCACGCCAUUCCAUACUACGGGCGGACAUGGGCGAGCAAGUUAAAUUUAAAAAAUUUACAUGG